AUGCACGUCCACGUCCUCGGCUUCGGCGCCGUCGGCUCGCUCGUGUCGCACUACCUGCGCGGCGCCCUUGACCCCAAGCACGCCGUCUCCAUCAUCCACAAGUCCUCCGCCGCCGCCCUCAGGGCAUCCAGCCUCCCCGGGGUCAAGCUCGAGCUCGGCGGCGUCACGCGCACCCAGCACGGCGUCAUCCACGAGUCGACCGACCCGCCACCGACGCCUACCUCCGGGAACAAGCAGCUCGAGACCUCCAUGCGCUGCAGAACCUGCAGAACGAACCACAACCACCACCUGAGGAGGCCCAGCACAGGCCCGCGAUGCAGUCGGCGGCAUACGCGCUCUCUGCCGCGUCUUUCCGCCGCCAGCACUAUCGUACUCUUGCACAACGGUAUGGGUGUGUACGAGCAUCUCGUCGAGAACGUCUUCCGGAACAGACAGACCCGGCCGCACUUCGUCGUCUCGGUGAACACGCACGGGGCGUUCGUCAAGAGUAGCGGACACGUCGUCCACACCGGCGUCGGCAGCAUCCAACUCGGCAUCAUGCACGACACGCACGGUCGCGACUACGAAGCUGGCAUGGACACCUCCCUCCCCGUAGACGACCAGAAGCUGAGCCUCAACGACAUCACGUCGCUUCAGGGUGAUCCCGACGUGGAGCGCUACCUCUCCCUGCGCAACACCAUCUCCGCCCUCACGAGCACGACCGCGCUCGACAUCUCCUGGCGCCCGCUCUUCGACGUCCAGCUCGCGAUGCACCGCAAGCUCGCCGUCAACUGCGUCGUCAAUCCCCUCACCGCCCUCCUCGGCUGCCGCAACGGCGACCUCUUCAAGCAUCAGCCCGGCUCCCGUCUCGCCGCGGCGAUCUGCCGCGAGAUAUCCAACGUCUUCUUCGCGCAAUGGCAGCAAGAAGUCUGGAAGAAACUCCGGCCGCACGCACACGCAGACCCCGACUCGCAGGAAGAGCCCGCAGCAGACGAUGACGAGGUCCGGCAGAACAUCCUCGAGAACCCCUUCCCGCCGAGCCUCCACCAACAGCAGCUCCUGGCGGAGUGCGCCCUCGUCGCAGAACUCACUCGUGAGAACACGUCCUCGAUGCUCGUCGACGUCCGCCGCAGCCGCUUCACGGAAAUCAGCUACCUCAACGGCUACGUCCUCAAGCUAGCGAAGAAGUACCGCGUCAACGUGCCCGUCACGGCCGCGCUGAUCGACCUCAUCCACCUGCGGGAAGCCAUCCCAUCGAUCAGCCAGUGCCCUUGCUCUCGGUGCUGUAGCGCACCCUAG